UCUGUAUAUUAUAUUAGAUUUGAUUAUAUUUGUCGUAAUAAUAGUGAUUGCGUUAAACAAUCAGUAAUCGGAUUACUAUGUCAUCAGAAAAGAAAGCAGAGACUGACUAUUAUUGUCAUGAAAUGAGUUUCUUUAAUAACGAGAAGGAAUGCGAUAUCACUUUCAAAGUGGAUUCGCAGACAAUAUUUGCCAAUAAAUGGUUGCUUCGGAUGAAAAGCGAUGUUUUCGACGCUAUGUUUUCGUCAAAGUUUAAGGAAUCAAAUGAUGAGAUAAUUGAAAUUUUGGACAUGAAAUACGAGGCGUUUAAAGCAACCAUUCGUUACAUGUAUUGCAAUAAACUGGUGUUGAGUGACGGCAGCGAUCAUACGCUGGCGAUGGAUGUCUAUCGUUGUGGACAUAAAUAUAAUUUGAUUUCAUUAAUGCAUUGCUCGGAGAAAAUGUUAAUCAAAAUGAUUACAUUCGACACCAUUGAAGACAUGUAUCUAUUGGCCAGAGAUUAUAAUCUACAGAAAUUGAGGCAAUGUUUGGAUGAUUUUCUCAAAACAAAUCUCGAUUACUAUUCGCGCAAAAAUGCGGACGAAUUGAAGCGAAUCAGUGUUUUAAGUGAUUGUCAUUUAAUGAGUCUAUUGAUCGUCGAAAAGGACAACGAAAUCAAUAGAUUAGAGAAACUGGUGUCAGAAUUGGCUAAACAUUGCGAUCAAUGCCGGAAUCGGAUUACAUUCAGUCCAUUGAAUAAAAUUUAAGUUAAUCUCAAACUACAACAAGAAUUACUAUCCAUUUCUCUUCACUCCUUUGCUCUUUCCAUGUAUUUAUCUAUAUUUCAUAACUCACUGUACAGUGGAUUAGAUGUAAUGGAUAUUAUUGUAAUACUUGCCAUAAAUAUAGAAAUAAAUAUUUAAUAUUUGUUUUAU